UCAAACCAAACCUCAAAUAUACAUACAUAUACAUACAUAUAGAGGGGCUAGAGAGAGAGAGAGAGAGAGAUCUGAUUAUUUCAACAGCUUCUUCUUCUUCAUCUUCAUUUCCAUUAUUCUUGGAGAAUUCCUUCCUCCCCACGAGAAGUCUCCAUUUCUCUCUGGAAAAGAGAGUAUUGAUUUUUACAUGAUGAGUAGCAAUAACUUUGGGAAGACAAACAUGGGAUCAUCGUCAUCAUCGUCGUCGCCAUCAUCAUCACCAUCAUCGUCGUCAAGGAGAAGCAAGAGGGGCAACCCGGAGAAGCCGAAGCAGCCACAGAGGGGACUUGGAGUUGCCCAAUUGGAGAAGAUUAGAUUGCAUGAGGAAAUGGGGUGUUGCUUCAAUCUUCCAUCGACUAACUUCAUUCAUGGAGCUGAUCCGAGAGUUUUGACGGCUUGUUCUUCAUCAAUGGCACCAUCGUCAUCGUCAUUGACACAGCCACUUUCAACUUCACCGCCCUCUUAUAGUUUCCAACAAAACUUCACGAUGGGACUGACGGAAUAUGGAACAACAAACAUCCUCUAUGAAGAUCACCCCCAAUCGACAAGCACUGCAAGCUGGAGACCCAACAACCAAGACAUGUCGGCAUCCUUCCAGUUUUCACAAUCCAAUAUCGAUAACAAGCAAUUCGUAAAUCCAAACCUAGAGGGUUCAUGGGAAAGGAGGAGCAAGACACGAUUGAUCAGUGACCCAUUUGGCUCAAGCAGUCAGAACUCAUCGGAGUCGAGUGACAACAAUCAAGAAGUAGAUUUGGAGCUCAGACUUUCACUUUAGACUUCAAUCAGUCCUAACAUCAUCAUCGUUACAUAUAUAAUCAGUUUUUGCUUCCUUCGGCUCAUAACCUUGAGCGAAAUGGAUGCUUUGAAACAUGUAAACUAUUUUUCUGUUUUUUCUCUCUUUUCCAUAAGGAAGCUGUGAGAUAAUUUUCGUUUUUAUGUUUGUAUAUACGGAUAUUUCAUAAUUUCUUUUCUCAACAUGUCCUGCCAUUGAUU